AUGCGCCUUUUCGUCAGUGCUACGCUCUUCGCCGUUGCGGCUGCUCGUGCUUGUCCCGGGCGGAUUAGUUGUUACUCACCGCCACCCGGAGAUGUGAACAUCUCGUCAUUUCAACUGUAUCCGGAAAACGCAUGCUUUGACCCAAAAAGAUGCGUCGCAUAUUUGAGCGUUCUAUUCAACGCUUCAGUCGCAGUCUAUGAUCCAGCCAAGAAUGACGUGACAAACGUUAUUACCUUCCCGGGUCUAACUGGCAACCCUGCUUUGCAUGCCACUGGAGUACGAGUCGAUCCACUGGAUCGUCUCUCUGUGGUGAUUAACGCUGGAGCCGCGUUUGACACCCUCGGGAAAGAUAUAUCCGGCGAUAGCUUCCUCGUCAAGUACGACUUGAAGACGAGGCAGACAGUCUUUAAGGCAAACUUGACAGCCGUUUCACACGGCUUAUACGGCGGGUUCCAAGACGUUGAACACAAUAAGGAGGGAGACUCGUUUGUGUUGGGAACCUACGGCAGCAGCAUAAUCCGAGUGAGCACCGAUGGCAAGCACAUCGUCCCAUGGUUCGUCGGUACCACUCCAACUUCCAACGUUGGCUUUACUGGUCUCGCCACAAGCGGCCACAACCUCUUUGUUGCAGACCAGACGGACGGGCAACUGUACCGCUUCGACACUCGUCGUGAAAGGGGAGAGCCGGUCCGAAUUCCCCUCGGCCAUGGUAAUGAGACUAUUGGGAAGGACCUUGACGCCGUCUACAUGCCGCCGCGGUAUAAUGGCAGAAUCAUCCUUGUCUCUGAUCUUAAUCUCGGCACUGUCGUGCUUCGUUCGCGAGACGCGAGCUGGAAUUCUGCCGAGAGGCUGGGGAGCAUUCCAAGUCCUUAUCACGACCAGGGUGGGAUUUCGGUUGCUACGGUGCAGAUUGGAGACAGGAUUUACUCUUUGAAUUUGUUCUUGGGUGAAACAAAUACGGUCCCUGAUGGAGACGACACAAACAGGACAGACAAUCCAUUGCAAGACAUCUCGGCCGAAGUCGAGAGGCUGUCUUUGUUGUGA